AUGGUUUUUGCGCCUCCGGAAAAUGAAUUGCAAAAAGGAGGAACCGGGGAAAGAGUCAUGUCUGAGCAUCAAUUACGAGUUCAAAGAUCCCUACAGAAAUUGAAUAUUCCAGAUUGGUACAAAUCCUCGGCGGUAUCACAAACUCCACAAGGUUUUCUCCUGAAAAGAAAUUCGGAUUCUAAAAAGGAAAAUCAAAGAUGGCCGGGUUUAGGAUCGAAAACGACUUCUCUAUCAAGUUUGGGAUCCGCACAGCAAACGGCAAUCAAAAGUCCCACGAGUCACGUCAUGAGUCCAAGCCCUACCCCGCAUUUGUUUACAAGAUGGAGUACGAGUAGAUUAAGCAGCGGUUUAAAUUCAUCAUCUACGUCACCCUCGGGAUCUCUGAGGUCAUCGUUUAAUUACAGGCAACCUUAUUUGGGAUGGAGAUCGCAAGAAAGGCUUACGAGGCCGAGAACACCGGCAGAAAGGUUGGCCGCGGGUCUUUUACCACUACAAAAACAACAACACGCAUCAUCAACAAACAGUCAGUCGUCGAUAAACCUUAAUUUGUCAGAAGUUCGGACGUCAAUUAAAGAGGUGACAUCCGCCAUCGUUCACUAUGUUUCCGGGGUGCAGGAAAACGGGUCGAAAGAAGGAUUGAGGUCGUCGUACCAAUCGGGAACUUCUCCUCCCGAUUCGAGUCCCAGAAGGCAAUCGUCUCCGAGAGGUUCGAGCGGGAAACUUUGCUGGGUCGAAAGCUCUUUCGUGGGUUCGAAACCGUUGGAUCAACCGGAAACUCCGCUCAGUCUCACCGAGACGUCUUCCAUAAAACCGGGAACGAGAGCCGGAAACGAUUUGUAUUUGGAUUUAACGCCGCACAAAUCGACGACGGAAUCAAAUCCGACGACGUGUUUGAAUUCUCAUCGAAUGAACGAUGUUAUGUACAUGUUCAGUUUUUUUUAA